AUGGAGAGUUUGCCACCAAAGACUACUGCUGGCAAGGCCCAGGUGAAAUGCAGACAUGACAACCCUGCCGUGCAUCAUGGGGGAAGUCCUACACCUGAACCAUCAGCCCUUGAACCAUCUUCAGAGGCAACAGCAUCAGCUCCCCAACCUCCUCCUCCGCAGUUGACCAGUGCUGCCCUGCUGCCAGCUCCUCAGCCCCAGGUUGCACCCCAACCCGAGGCACCGCAUCCAAUCUCGCUCACACUCAAAUGCCAGCCCCAGGCCGCACCCCAACCCGAGGCACCGCAUCCGGUCCCACUCGCACCCAAGUGCCAGCCCCAGGUCGCACCCCAACCCGAGGCACCGCAUCCGGUCCCACUCGCACCCAAGUGCCAGCCCCAGGUCGCACCCCAACCCGAGGCACCGCAUCCGGUCCCACUGGCAUCCAAGUGCCAGCCCCAGGUCGCACCCCAAACCGAGGCACCGCAUCCGGUCCCACUCGCACCCGAGGCACAGCAUCCGGUCCCACUCGCACCCAAGUGCCAGCCCCAGGUGGGACCCCAACCCGAGGCACCGCAUCCGGUCCCACUCGCACCCAAGCCGCAGCUUGCAGCCCAACAUCAGGCAGCGCGGCGUCCAAUCCCCAUUGCGCCCAAACCUCAGGUCGUCACACCCCAGGUUGUCACACUCCAGCCCGAGCCACCGAAUCCAUUCCUGCCACCGAAUCCAUCCCUGCUCACACCCAAGCGCGGCCGACCUAAGGCCUCACUUCCUCGUCCGCUGCAUCCUGUUCCGAUUGCGCCCAAACCUCAGCUUGCAGCCCAACAUCAGGCAGCACCGCGGCCAGUCCUGCUCCUACCCAAGCCUCAGGCUGCACCCCAAUCAGCCCUCAUUUCACCUCCGCCUGAGGUGGUCGCAGUGUCACAUGACCUGACAUCGACGUGUAGUUCUAUCCGCGUGUAUCGGAGUCUGGGCUUCAGCGGCCCAGAGGGAGGUGUCAUCCAGCAGUGCAAACACACAAGCUGCAAGGAAUCACAACAGCUUUCCAGCUUCAUCUAA